GGAGAGAGAAAAAGAAAAAGAAAAAGAGCAGAAUGAGAAGUCCGCCGUCCACCUUAUAAUUAGGACACAACCGCAAUCUUUUGCCAAUUUUUGCUUCGCAGUUGGAGAGAGAGAAAGAUAGAAACAGAGAUUAAGAGAGAGAGAGAGAAAAAGAGAGCAAGAUAGACGAGGAGAGAUAGGAGAGAGAGGUAAAGAGAUCUAUCUAUAUCUGCGAUAGGAGAUAUUUUCGCUUUUGUCUGAUCUAAUUUCGCCAACAAAAAAUUAGGGUUUCUGCGUUUUCACCUUUUUUUUUUCUCACCACAAUCUACAGGAAUUUUUUUUUGGACCAACGUUCGUUGAACGAGAUUUGCUAUUAUGAGGACUUCAUGGGCGGAUUCCGUGGCGGCUGAGAAUGAGAAUGGAGCUAGCAGUACUGCUAGGCCAACCAAGGCCACCUAUGUACCACCACAUCUUCGUAACAGACCGCCGUCUGCAGAUUCUUCAUCUGGCCCACCACAGGCUGCACCCCCGCUGGUUAAUGAUAGGCCGGUCCUUGGUGCCCCGCCUGGAGGCCCUCGGUGGGCUGGUGGUUCUAGACCUGAUUUUGGCCGUGGCGGAGGUGGUGGCACUGGGUAUCCUGGUGGUGGUCGUGGGGGUGGAGCUGGAUGGAAUAACCGAGGUGGGGGUUGGGAUCGUGGUAGGGACCGGGAGGUAAACCCUUUUGCUAAUGAUGAGGCGGAGGAAGAACCUGAACAGGCGUUUGGGGAGCAGGAGAAUUCUGGCAUCAACUUUGAUGCUUAUGAGGAUAUUCCUGUGGAGACUAGCGGGGAUAGUGUGCCACCCCCUGUAAAUACAUUUGCGGAUAUAGACCUCGGGAAGGAGCUUAAUGCAAACAUUAAACGAUGCAAAUAUGUGAAGCCGACGCCAGUUCAACGUCAUGCUAUCCCAAUUUCCCUUGCUGGACGGGAUUUGAUGGCAUGUGCUCAGACUGGUUCUGGGAAAACUGCAGCUUUCUGCUUUCCAAUUAUUAGUGGUAUAAUGAAGGGUCAAGAGAUUCAGAAACCUCGUGGAUAUAGAACUGUAUAUCCACUUGCCCUUAUUCUUUCUCCAACUAGGGAGUUGUCAGUGCAGAUAAAUGAGGAAGCUCGAAAGUUUGCAUAUCAAACUGGUGUCAGGGUGGUGGUUGCAUAUGGAGGAGCUCCAAUCAGCCAACAGUUGCGUGAGCUUGAAAGAGGAGUCGAUAUUCUUGUUGCGACCCCGGGAAGACUGGUAGAUUUGCUUGAGAGGGCUAGAGUAUCACUUCAAAUGAUUAGAUACCUGGCACUUGAUGAGGCUGAUAGAAUGCUGGAUAUGGGGUUUGAACCUCAGAUCAGAAAGAUUGUUGAACAAACUGACAUGCCACCUCGAGGUGUCAGACAGACGAUGCUGUUCAGUGCAACCUUCCCAAAGGAGAUACAGAGGCUGGCGUCUGAUUUUCUAUCCAAUUACAUUUUCCUGGCUGUUGGAAGGGUGGGCUCAAGCACUGAUUUAAUAGUUCAGAGGGUUGAAUUCGUGCAUGAGUCUGAUAAGAGGAGCCAUUUAAUGGAUCUUAUUCACGCUCAAAAAGCAAACGGAGCACAUGGGAAGCAAGCAUUGACACUUGUUUUUGUGGAGACCAAGAAAGGGGCAGAUGCAUUGGAGCACUGGUUGGGUAUGAAUGGGUUUCCAGCAACUAGUAUCCAUGGUGAUCGAACACAGCAGGAAAGAGAACUUGCACUAAGGUCCUUCAAAAGUGGGAAUACUCCUAUUCUGGUUGCAACUGAUGUGGCAGCUCGAGGUCUAGAUAUUCCUCAUGUUGCACAUGUAAUCAACUUUGAUCUCCCGAAUGACAUUGAUGAUUACGUCCAUCGGAUAGGACGUACAGGACGAGCGGGAAAAAGUGGAUUGGCAACGGCCUUUUUCAAUGAAAAUAAUAUGUCCCUAGCUCGACCGAUGGCUGAGCUGAUGCAAGAAGCAAACCAAGAAGUACCUGAUUGGCUGGUUCGUUAUGCGUCACGUGCAUCUUAUGGUGGAGGAAGAAACAGGAGAACUGGGGGUGGCCGCUUCGGAGGCCGUGACUUUAGGAGAGAUGGUGGCGGCUUCAACAACAGAGGUGGCGGAGGCAAUGAUUACUAUGGUGGAAGCAACAGUGGCGGCGGGGGAUACUAUGGAGGUGGUGGUGGAGGUGGAGGGGGAGGUGUAGUUGGUGGAGGUGGCUAUAAUCCAGGUGCGUCUAGUGCUUGGGAUUAGCCCGACUCUAGUUGUAUCAGUGUUGAAUACUCUCACCUCCUGGUAUAUACGCAUAAUUUUGUGGUAAUUUGUUCUUUGUGUCCGCCCAAAGUGCCGGAGUUGUUGAAAAAUUUCUAUUAUAGGCUUGGGGCGUCUAGCAAAGUGGGGUUUGUAAAACCCCAAAUUUUAGUCUCUCAGAGUUAGAUGUGUGAUAUUCAUUAGAGAUUGUUAUACACUAACAUCGUAGGCUAUUGCUGGUUGAUGCCAUCAAGCUUAGGGCUUUCCUUCCAUUUCUUCUUGUAAUGUCUUUGCUGGGGCUGUCUGAUGGGGUUGGGUAUAUGGGGAGGUGAAAAUAUGAGGAAAGUACUGCUUUUUUGCCGUUGGUUCUCAAUUGGGUACACUAUUUGCUUCAGCUUCGUCACCUCUUCUUUUCUUGUUAGUUACAGUUAUCAGUUAUCAGUUAUCAGUAUGGAUAAAAUUGCUACUCUCUACUAUUGUAUAAAUUCUAGCAGGGAAUAAAUGCUCAUUUUUUUCUGCAUAA